CUCAAUUAUCAUUGCAUGUUUGCAAUGUCCAUUAGGGCCUACCAAUGUUGUUAGUGUCCAGUCUAAAUGUAUUUUAUUGCACCCAUACAAAAUAUAAGAAACGUCGCUUUCAUAUUGUUCACUUCUGGCCAACGUGCGUCCAAAAACCUUUUCCUAGUCCUCCUCUCUCCAUCCCCACGGUCAUUUAACCAGUUGAUCACUGGGGGAAACCAACAUCUGAGAGUGGAAGAAAGGGACGAGAGGAGUGAAGGAAACAAGGUAUGAACAGAUGAUUGGACCAUCAGGACUUCUCGUCCACUAAUAGUAUGAAAUGCUGCCACGCUGAUGAGCUCAUGCCAAUCACAACUGGGUUGGGAGAUUAUUUCGAAAUUCCGGAGGGUGGGGAUGAGAGGGCAGGGUGCGGUUACAUGUCCCCAACAGUUUGUUCAUGGCUUGAUGGUGGCACAUCCCAUCCGGCCUAACCAGCCACAUUCUUCCAUGACAUUCCAGCUGUAGCUCAAAUGGUUCACACGCUCUACACUUAUAUAGCUAAUAAUAUGGGUAUCUUCCUUAAUGCGUUUGACAAAGUAGUAGGCCUAAUUUCUACGAUGUAUUUUAAAAUUACGAAUUACAAAUGCUUUAGGCCUAUGUGAAAAAAACGAAAUAAACCCAUAGUAGGCCUAAAUAAGUUUAUUUCAAAGAAGUUGAAUAUUUAGGUUUAUGAACCUGAUUUGCUUCUUACCUGUUACUAUCAGGUAAGUGGCUAAUUAACAUAAUAUUAUUCAGGUGAGAGCACUCUCGGUCUCUUCUCCUACAGGUGAGAUAACUCAGCCUUUCAUCGAGCCGCGCGUCACACCCUCAGCUCUCAGUAACUGCCCCUCCUACCUAGAGUUUCGGUUUUUAACACAACUUUCAAGACAGCUCUAGACCAUUUGAAGCCUACUAAGAGUCAGAGCUCUACACUUCUGAGGUUACCAGACACCUACGACCAUAACCAUGCCCAAAUUGGAGGAAUGGGUGCGCACUUCCAUGCGAACCCCGGGAAUCUUCAUAUUCGGGAUGGUCUUCGCGCCCUGCGGCUGGAUCCUGAACCUAACGUCCACUGUGGCUCCGAAUUGGAGAACGCUACGCGAUCUUCCAGGCGUAUCUACGGACCAGAUACUACAGCAAGGCAUAUGGGACAUUUGUCAAGCGUUUGAGUCGAGUAGGGUAGUCCAAUGCAAUCAACCAGACACUGACUACUUUAAUAAUCCGAUCAUCCCUAUAGCCCAAGGGUUGAUGGUGGCCUCUCUCAUUGUUACCCUUAUUGGACUGGCCGUGGCAAUCCCGGGGAUUCGCUGCUGGACGGACCGUCCCAACUGGACCGUCGCUGGGAUUGGCGGAGUGCUUAUCUUUUUAUCCGGUGUGAUGACACUUAUCCCGAUAUCCUGGUACACUCACAUCUUGAAAGACAUUAACGCGCCGCCAAACUCAGUCAUCCGUGUGGACUUCUGCAUUAUUCUGGGGUACAUCGGGGGCAUUUUUGAAGUGGUCGCGGGCUUCGUCAUGUUCAUUGGCAUUUGUCGAUGCUGUGGCGGCAAGAACCGGGGUGAGAAACGGGUGGUUAUUCCUGAAUUCAGACACACAAGGAGCCCUCCGAGGCGGGUCGCCGUGCCCAGCGUAAUCCGGACCACGAGCAGCGCCAGCAGCGUGCCUUAUUCCAAGAACUCCAUGGAUGAGGAGGUGGACUUCCCCCGGGCUUUCCCCCGCACUGGACCGCGGUCCGGUGCCCUGUCUGCCAACUCGUAUGCUAGCAAACCAUAUGAUGCCGACUUGUGAAGUGGACUUUCCCACGUAAAAAUGAAGGAAAAUGACAAUGUAGACUGCUUAUUUUAUAAACUUUUUGGUUAACAUUGUGGGAAAGUCUCUUUUUUAACUAUACAUUUGUUUGAAUAAAGUAUUGUGUAAGUAUUUUACAUCAUUGGUUUUGCAUUUGCAUCAUAAUGUUUUUACAUAGUGUUUCUGUUGCACUUUAUAUAUGCCAACAUGUUGUCAGGCUGAGAGGCUAUAGGCCCUGAUGUCUGCAAUCAUUACUGUAUCACAAAAGGGCUCUCAUUAAAUGUUUACGACAUUCAUUUACAA